UUAGCGGCGUCGGAAUCCCUGCUGGCGCUGUUCACGCGGGGUCCAUCCUUUCUCUCUGUUCUUUGCGCCCGUUGGCCGUGUCGUGAGAAGGAGGCCGCCGCCAUCAUCAUCAUCAUCAUGUCUGCCAUGGGGACGCUGGCGUUUGACGAGUAUGGGAGGCCUUUCCUCAUCCUCAAGGACCAGGAGCGGAAGACCCGCACCGGCAUAGAGGCCCUCAAGUCUCAUAUAAUGGCAGCCAAGGCAGUAGCCAAUACACUCAGAACUUCACUUGGGCCCAAUGGCCUUGAUAAAAUGAUGGUUGACAAGGAUGGUGAAGUAACUGUGACAAAUGAUGGUGCCACUAUUUUGAAUAUGAUGGAUGUUGAUCAUCAGAUUGCUAAACUUAUGGUUGAACUGGCAAAAUCUCAGGAUGAUGAGAUUGGGGAUGGAACCACAGGGGUUGUUGUUCUUGCAGGUGCUUUAUUGGAACAGGCGGAGCACUUACUGGAUCGUGGUAUUCACCCUGUGAGAAUAGCAGAUGGUUAUGAACAGGCUGCUCGUGUUGCUAUUGACCACCUGGACCAAAUUGGUGACAGUUUUCCUGUUGAUCCAGAGAAUACUGAGCCUCUCAUUCAGACAGCAAAGACAACUCUGGGCUCUAAAGUAAUUAACCGUUGCCACAGACAAAUGGCAGAGAUAGCUGUAAAUGCAGUCCUAACUGUGGCAGAUAUGGAACGCAGAGAUGUUGAUUUUGAGCUCAUAAAAGUUCAAGGCAAAGUGGGUGGUAGACUGGAAGAUACCCAGCUAGUUAAAGGUGUGAUUGUGGAUAAAGACUUCAGCCAUCCACAGAUGUCUAAAGAAGUUAAAGAUGCUAGAAUUGCAAUUUUGACCUGCCCAUUUGAGCCCCCGAAGCCAAAAACAAAACAUAAGCUUGAUAUUGCAUCUGUGGAAGACUACAAGGCAUUGCAGCAGUAUGAAAAGGAUAAGUUCAAUGAAAUGGUGCAACAGAUCAAAGACACUGGUGCAAACCUAGUCAUUUGCCAGUGGGGAUUUGAUGAUGAGGCCAAUCACUUGCUGCUUCAGAAUGAGUUGCCUGCUGUUCGCUGGGUUGGUGGCCCAGAAAUAGAGUUGAUUGCCAUUGCAACUGGAGGCCGCAUUGUACCUCGUUUCUGUGAGCUCACCCCUGAAAAACUAGGAUUUGCUGGCGUUGUGAGAGAAAUGUCAUUUGGAACAACAAAAGACAAAAUGCUUAUAAUUGAACAAUGUCAGAAUUCCAGAGCUGUUACUAUCUUCAUUAGAGGUGGAAAUAAAAUGAUAAUUGAAGAAGCUAAGCGGUCACUUCAUGAUGCAUUGUGUGUAAUCAGGAAUCUUGUUCGUGACAACCGUAUCGUUUAUGGAGGGGGUGCUUCUGAAAUUUCCUGUGCAUUGGCUGUUAGUGAAACUGCAGACAAGUGCCCAUCGCUGGAGCAGUAUGCCAUGAGGGCUUUUGCUGAUGCCCUAGAAGCUAUUCCAAUGGCACUUGCUGAGAAUAGUGGUAUGAGUCCCAUCCAAACAAUGACAGCAGUGCGAGCUCGGCAAGUGAAAGAAAACAACCCUGCUUUGGGUAUUGAUUGUUUACGCAAAGGGACGAAUGAUAUGAAGGAACAGCAUGUCAUAGAAACAUUAAUUGGCAAAAAGCAGCAGAUCUCUCUAGCUACUCAGAUGGUUAGAAUGAUUCUGAAGAUUGAUGACAUUCGCAAGCCGGGUGAAUCUGAAGAAUAAAAAUAUAAACCCUAAAGUGAAAUUUUAAGUGGCAGCAGCAACAGGGCUCCCAUUUUGUUUUCUUCUUUUGUGUAAUCUACUUUUGUUAUACUAAUUUAGAUCAAUAAAUCACUAUUGUGGUUUCAGUCCUA